ACUGCCAAGAACUUCAAAGUCCCCCACGAAUUGAAUUUGAUCUUCAAUUCGGACUCCUAAAAAGACCCAAUUCAAGGGUUGAUUUCGAAACCAAAUCCUCCACAUCUCCUGAAUUAAACCCACCAACAAUUGUUUAUUUCAAUCAUACAAACACUACAAAUCAACUCAUUGGUGCCACCGAUAUAUACCCUCUUUUGUAAACUCAAAUCGAUGUAUAAACUUUAACUUUCGCAUUUUUUUACAUUUCUUCUGGGGCACCGCCUCUUGUUAGGGUUUUCCACCACACUUGCUAGAUGUGCUGAUGGGUUAUGAGAUACCCGAUUUGAGCUCGUUCGUGGCACCGUGGCAUGAAUUGGUACUUGAACGGAUCGUUUGGGGAUUUUUCAGUGUGUUUUUAGUGGCUGAAAAGGCAAACCAAUAAGCAGGUGAAGCUAUGAAUCGACAUUUAGCCGAUGUUAUUGAUGAACGAAGCGACAAAGAUGGCCUAAUUGUUGCUUCUCCUGGACGAGAUGUUACAACUGUUGAAGGGGAUAAAGAUUUUGAGCUUCAUGACGGUAUUGAAUUCGAAUCUCACGAGGCAGCUUAUUCAUUUUAUCAAGAAUACGCUAAAUCCAUGGGAUUCACCACGUCAAUUAAAAACAGCCGUCGGUCAAAGAAGUCGAAAGAAUUCAUCGAUGCUAAAUUUGCAUGUUCUAGAUACGGAGUCACCCCAGAAUCAGACGGUGGUAGCACUAGGCGUCCCAGUGUCAAGAAAACCGACUGCAAAGCAAGCAUGCAUGUUAAAAGAAGAAAGGACGGAAAAUGGUAUAUUCACGAGUUCAUAAAGGAUCACAAUCACGAACUCUUACCAGCCUUAGCUUAUCAUUUUCGAAUUCAUAAGAACGUAAAGUUAGCCGAGAAGAACAAUAUGGAUAUUUUGCAUGCGGUUAGUGAACGAACAAAGAAAAUGUAUGUCCAGAUGUCGAGACAAUCUGGAGGGUAUAGUAGCGUUGGCUCUUUAAGAGAUGACUUAAAUUACCAAUUCGACCGAGGCCGUUACUUGGCUCUCGAAGAAGGGGAUGGUCAAGUUAUGCUCGAGUAUUUUAUGCAUAUCAAGAAAGAGAACCCGAAUUUCUUCUAUGCAAUCGAUUUGAAUGAAGACCAACGUCUAAGAAAUUUGUUUUGGAUUGAUGCCAAAAGCAGAAACGACUAUACGAGCUUUAGCGACGUUGUUUCUUUUGAUAUCAGUUACGUUAGAAACAGCGAUAAAAUGCCGUUUGCUCUUUUUAUCGGGGUGAACCAUCAUUUUCAAGCGAUUUUGCUCGGAUGUGCGUUGGUUGCAGACGAGUCCAAGACAACGUGUGUUUGGUUGAUGAAAAUGUGGCUCAGAGCGAUGGGAGGAAAAGCUCCGAAAGUUAUUAUUACCGAUCAAGGAAAAGCAUUGGAGGCAGCCACGAUGGAGGUUUUUCCGCUUUCACGGCAUUGCUUUUCGCUCUGGAGUAUCCUCGAAAAAAUUCCCGAAAGUCUUGCUCAUGUAAUACGACGGCAUGACAAAUUCAUGAGUAAAUUUAGCAAGUGCAUUUUUAAGUCGUUGAACGAUGAAGAGUUUGAUAUGAGAUGGUGGAAGCUCGUUGGUCGAUUUGAGCUUCAAGAAAAUGAAUGGUUUCAUUCUUUAUACGAAGAUCGAAAAAAAUGGGUGCCUACUUAUAUGAAGGAUACUUUUUUAGCCGGGAUGUCGACGCCCCAACGUGCCGAAAGUGUAAAUUCUUUCUUUGACAAAUAUAUCCACAAGAAAGUUACGUUAAAAGAGUUCAUUCGACAAUAUGGUACGAUUCUUCAAAACCGGUAUGAAGAGGAAGCCAUUGCCGACUUCGAUACUUGGCACAAACAACCAGCCUUAAAAUCCCCGUCACCAUGGGAAAAACAAAUGUCAUCGGAAUAUACUCACACAAUUUUCAAAAAGUUCCAAGUCGAGGUUUUGGGAGUCGUUGGUUGUCAUCCAAAACGAGAACGGGAAGACGGGUCUAUCACGAUAUACACCGUGGACGAUUGCGAAAAAGCCGAAAGUUUCAUGGUUACAUGGAACGGGAUGAAAUCAGAGGUUUGGUGUUCGUGUUUGCUGUUUGAGUACAGAGGUUAUCUUUGCAGACAUGCGAUGAUCGUUCUUCAGAUUUGUGGGUUUUCAAACAUUCCGUCUUGUUAUAUUUUAAAAAGGUGGACAAAAGAUGCAAAGAACAAUCAGUCAACGACCGAAGGAAUGGAACGGAUGCAAACCCGGGUACAACUAUAUAACGAUCUAUGCAAACACGCCAUUCAAUUGGGUGAAGAAGGAUCUUUAUCUGAGGAGAGCUACGAUAUUGCAUUUCGUGCUCUUGUGGAAGCUUUAAAGACGUGUGUAAAUGUGAACAACAAAGAAUGUAGCAACAACGCUCUUUCUAUCCGUGAUGUAGAAGAGGAGAAUCUUGGAGCUGUUUCUGCAAAAACGAGUAAAAGAAAGAGUGCAAACAAGAAAAGAAAGGUACAAUCAGAACCUGAACCUGUAAUGCUCGAGGUCCGAGACAACUUGCAGCAAAUGGAAAGCAUGAGCUCAGAUGGAAUAACUCUUCAUGGCUAUUAUGGGACCCAACAAAAUGUGCAGGGACUGCUGCAGUUGAACUUGAUGGAGCCACCUCAUGAUGGUUACUAUGUUAAUCAACAAAGCAUGCAGGGACUGGGUCAAUUAAAUUCGUUGGCACCGACACAUGACGGGUUUUUCGAGGCUCAACAAAGCAUACAUGGUCUGGGGCAUUUGGAUUUUAGACCACCAAGUUUCGGUUAUGGUAUGCAGGAUGAAGCUAGUUUGCGAACCAAUCAGAUGCACAACAGACAUUCAUGAUUCAAUCCUGUCCAAUCCCUCAAAUAUUCGAAUUUAUGUCGAAUACAUACAUGUAGGGUCAGGUUUAGGAAAAACCGUAAAAAAAAAUAAAAAACUGAUAAGUAACACCCUGGUAACCAUUCAUCUAGACCAU